GCUUGCGGAUCAUGCGCACACGCUCCUCCGACGGAAGGCUUGAUGAUGGUGAUGAUGAUGUUUAUGAUGGUGAUAAUGCUGCGCAGAUUCAGAAACAUCCAGAAUCAAGCCCUGACGCUUCGACAUGAGCACUGAAACCUGACAGAAGGACAGCAGGAGAAUGAGACUGCGGAGUGUAGAUAAACAUUGGCAGCAGGGGCAGCGGAUGGUGAUUUAUGGGACGGUCUUCCUCAUCACGACCCUCCUCAUCCUCUACAGCUCCAGCAGCUCGGCUGAUGUUUACACCACCUUCGAAGUCAACCAGUUUCACUUCACCAUCAAACACACCAACCUCAAGAAAUGGGCCGGGAACGAGGGAUACAUUCCUGUUUACGGGAACAAGAGCAUGAAGCUGCACUGCCGUCAGUGUGCAUUAGUGACCAGCUCCAGUCACAUGUUGGGGACUCACGCUGGAGACGAGAUCGACCGCACAGAGUGUGUCAUCCGCAUGAACGACGCCCCAACCUCUGGCUACGAAUCAGACGUGGGGAACCGGACCAGCGUACGCGUCGUGGCUCAUUCCAGCGUGUUCCGGGUGGUUCGCAAACCCACAGACUUCCUCAAUCGCUCAGAGAGCCCUGCCAUCAUAAUCUGGGGUCCGUCGACAAGGAUCGGUCGCGAGGCGAAGGGAACGCUGUACAGACUGAUCCAGAGAGUCAGUAUGACCUACAGUAACCUGUCCUUCUUCUUCAUCUCACCUGGCAAAAUGCAGAAGUUUGACUCACUCUUUCAGAAAGAGACCGGCCGAGACAGAAAAAGGUCUCAGUCCUGGUUAAGCACCGGCUGGUUUACCAUGGUGAUUGCCAUAGAGAUGUGUGACAACAUAAAGGUUUAUGGGAUGGUGCCGCCAAACCAUUGUGGGAAGCGUCCUCAGCCCAAACGGUUGCCCUAUCACUAUUACAAGCCCAGAGGUCCAGAUGAGUGUGUGACGUACCUCCAGAACGAGAGGGGGCGCCGUGGAGCACACCACCGCUUCAUCACUGAGAAACAGGUGUUUGCACGCUGGGCCAAGCAGUACAACAUCAGCUACAGACACCCGGCCUGGUGAGAAACUGUCCUGCUGAGCCGGAGCCAACAUGGCGGCUUUCUUUAACAAUGUUUGAAUCCAAACCUGCUCCAAUCUUAGUUUAAUGAACAGAUGAUGGAACGCUUAUUGUCUGAAGCAUGCCGUAAAGUUUUCCUAAGCCUUCUCUUACAGUGUUUUUCACGUCUUGUCAACACAUCUGAGCGUUACUUGUGUGAAACUACCAGAAACAGAAUUGAACUACUUUACAAGAUUAAGAGUAUGUUUUAUCAUGUAAAUAAGAACUAUGAAAGAAUAAUUAUUUUUACAAGUUUAUAUGGUUUUAAAAUGCCCUAUAAAAAACAAUAUUACAAU